CAAACUACAUGCAGGGCCCCGCGCGCUGCCGAUGCGCCGAGCACACAGCUGAAGGACUUAACCCCGCGGGACGUGCGACAUUUCCGGCGAGCGCUCGCACUUUAGCCCAGAAUUCAGCUUUAAACACCACAGGUUUAGAGACUUGGCGGAAAGUAAAUCCUUGAGGUCUGAACCGUUUUGAAGCCGAUUAGACAUACUCACAGCAACUUUUUGUUAAAUGUUGUUUCUUUAUUUUUAUUGUUAAAUUGUAUACAAUAUACCUUCUGUGAAUUUGUAUUUCAAUGUUAUGAGGUUCUAUUUUUAUGACACUCUACGACACUUCAAUCAGGUGUUCAAUCAUCUUCGCUGUUAAAACAAAAAAAAAGCAAAAGAGGCCUUUAACCAAACGCACAAUCGCAGCCUUCCGAUGGUGUUCGCCGACCUCUUGGAGCAGGUGGGCAGCACGGGACGCUUCCAGGUCGUGCACACCACCCUGCUGUGUCUCCCCAUCCUCAUGAUGGCGAGCCAAAACAUAUUACAAAACUUCGUGGCCGCAGUACCCCCCCAUUUCUGCAGCGCCCACACGAACCUCACUGCUUCGACGCGGAUGAGCGCGGCAGAGAAGCUGCAGAUAACAGUGCCAAUUGAUGCGAACGGAUCUCCGGAGAAAUGCCGGCGUUACGAGUCGCCACAGUGGCAUCUGCUGGCCAACAACGGAAGCACAGAUCCCGAGGUGUGGGAAGACCCGGAACAGGCGGCCCUUCGGGGCUGUGACGAUGGGUGGACUUACGAUGAGAGGGAGAGAAGCUCCAGCAUUAUUUCAGAGUGGCAUCUGGUAUGCAGCCUGCGCCCCCUUAAGUCAAUGGGACAGACGGUGUACAUGGGGGGCGUGCUCGUGGGAGCGGGAGUCUUCGGAGCAUUGGCCGACCGCUUUGGGCGGCGGGUCCUACUGACCAUGAGCUACCUGCUGAUGGCCGUGAGCGGGACGUGUGCCGCCUUCUCCCCCUCCUUCUCCCUCUUCUGCCUCUUCCGCUUCAUGUGUGGCAUGGCUCUGUCGGGAGUCGUGCUCAACAGCUUCUCACUCAUCGUGGAAUGGAUUCCGACUCGCGUGCGGACAGUGAUUGGCACGGGGACAGGCUAUUGCUACACCAUGGGCCAGCUGAUCCUGGCGUUGGUGGCCUACUUCAUCAGGGACUGGCGCUGGCUGACCUUUGCUGUGUCCUUGCCGUUCUAUGUGGCCUUCCUGUACUCAUGGUGGCUCCUUGAAUCUUCACGAUGGCUGGUGCUGAAAAAUAAGCCGGAGCAGGCCGUCGAAAACCUCAGACUAGUGGCGCGCUACAAUGGUCGCCAAGCCGAUGGAGAGAAGAUUGACGUGGAGAUGGUGAAGUCGUCCAUGAAGAAGGAGAUGUCCGGGUGCAAGAGCUCCUACACCACCCUGGACCUGUUCCGCACCCCCACCAUGAGGAAGAUGACAGUGUGCCUAUGCGCCGUCUGGUUCUCCACUAGCUUUGCCUACUACGGCCUCUCCAUGGACCUCCAGAAGUUUGGCGUGGACAUCUACCUGAUUCAGGUGAUAUUCGGCGCUGCGGACAUCCCCGCCAAGGUGAUCAUCAACAUCACCAUGAGCUACUGCGGUCGCCGGCUCUCACAGUGUGGGGGCCUGGUCCUGGCCGGCAUCACCAUUCUGUCCAACCUGUUGGUGCCUUACGAUAAACAGAUGCUGCGAACGUGCUUAGCUGUGCUGGGAAAGGGCUGUCUGGCCGCGUCCUUCAACUGCUGCUACCUGUACUCUGGAGAGCUCUACCCAACCAUCCUACGACAGUCAGGUCUGGGCUGGGUCAGCAUGAUGGCGCGGCUGGGGGCCAUGGUGGCUCCGUUGGUGCUCCUGCUGGGGGAGUACGUCACCUGGCUCCCAGGCUUAAUCUACGGCCUAGUUCCUGUCUUGAGUGGCGUUGCAGCCUUCUUACUGCCCGAGACCCUGAACAUCCCACUUCCGGACACCAUACAGGAUGUAGAGGAUAGGGGGACUGGAAGAAUCUCCAAGACUGAGAAAAAAGAGGCCAUAUUCUUACAAGACAACGCAGACAAUCUGCUGAAGCAAACAUCUUGAUCGUCAUGGUAGACUUGACUUCUGCUUUGUAGUCGUAGCUAAUGCUAGCUAGCAAACAUUGGCAUAACAGCCUUGAACAAAUUGUGCUUGACUUGGCAAUGUGUAUUUUGGGGUUAAUGUGGGGUAAGCUGACCUAGCGAUCAAAGUCUUAAGGUUUAUUCAUUAAUGUUACAGUUAAGUUAAUUGUCAUGAAAUGUGAACAAAUGUAACAAAGCAUUUCUUUAACAACUAGUUUUAGCUACGUAACUUUUACGGUUACCAAGCGUGACGUAUGAACUGCCCCGCUCUGCUUCUAGGGGACUUUUGCUGGGCUCCUCCAAACACAAGGACGCAUGGUGGCGGGGUUGAAAGACUGGUUGAUUUAGUUUUUGUUGUUAAUGAUACACGGCCUGGUGCUCCAUAUUACCAGGUGUGUGAUGAUGGCUGGUUUAACCUGUUGCACAUUGAUUGCUCACUGUGCAGCCUCACCCAGCCCAAGAGUUCAAUCAGACUGAUGCUGGCCAGGUGAGGCUGCUUAAACAAGUAAUCCGACACACACUCCACAGAGACAUUUAGAAAUGUUGACUACCAGUGCAAGCCUAUGGGUUCAAACGCUCUUCUUUUCUGCCAUCUGCUGGAGUAUAUCUGAUACUGCAUUCCACAAGACCAAGUUUGCUUGCUAUAAAGGUGCAAAUUGAAUGUUUUUUUUUUUUUUUAACUUUCCUCUUCAAGAUUCAAAACAAACCCAAGACUAAUACAAUCGUAAAUCAUUUUCCUCUAGUUGUUAAAUAUCAUGUAGUCCUAUCAAAUAUCAACUAUCAUAUAUCAUAAAUGCACACAGCUGUUUUUUUCUUCCGUUUUUUUUUUUAACAAAAAUGAGUACACCAUAAAAUGAUAUGAAUAAAGAUUUAUUUUUUCAUAUGAA